GUAUCAAAGUGUCGCCUCUUGGGUUCUAAGCUCUUUGGAGAAAGUGAAAGUAACUUGAUCAACAACAAUAUGGACGCCUGAAACGAUCAACCUCUUUAAACAACAGAAUAUUUAUUGAGUCGUUCAGAGAGACUUGUGGACACAUCUGAUACUCACAGGCUUGAAGAGGGAAAGAACAAUGGAAGAAUCUUCACCAACAUCAACAAAAGCAAGACAAACCAGGAGAAACAGUAUUGAAAAAGUUCCUCCAUCGAUGUCAUCCUCCAGCGGUCCACUGACUGAGGAGCUUCAGUGCUCGAUAUGUCUGGACGUGUUCACUGAUCCAGUCAGCACUCCAUGUGGACACAACUUCUGCAAGACCUGUCUGAAUAAGUGCUGGGACAACAGCCAGACCUGCAACUGUCCAUACUGUAAAGAAACAUUCAAGAUCAGACCUGAUCUCAAGAUUAAUACCACACUCCGAGAGCUCGUAGAUCACUAUAAAAAGAAAAGUCCUGAAAGAAAACCUGAAGUUCUGAAAAAACCUGAAGUUCUGUGUGACGUCUGUGAGGAAAGAAAGCUGAAAGCCCUGAAGUCGUGUCUGGGGUGUCAGAGCUCUUACUGUGAAACUCACCUGGAGCCUCAUUUGAGAGUGGCAGGUUUAAAGAAACACAAACUGAUCAAUCCUGUGAGGAAUCUGGAGGACUAUAUAUGUCAGAAACAUGAGAGACCUCUGGAGCUGUUCUGUAGAGAUGAUCAGACAUGUGUGUGUCCGAUGUGUGCUGUGAAAGACCACAAGAACCACAACACUGUUCCUAUAGAAGAGGAGAGUGAAGAGAAGAAGACUCAACUGAUGAAGACACAGAAAGACGUGCAGCAGAUGAUCCAGGACAGAAUCAAGAAGAUUCAAGAUGUCAAACACUCAGCAGAAGUCAGAAAAAGAAACACAGAGAAGGAGAAAGCAGCCCGUGUCGAGCUCUUCACUGAUCUCAUCCGCUCCAUUGAGAGAUGUCAGACUGAACUGCUGGAGAUGAUGGAGGAGCAGCAGAAAGCAGCAGAGAAACAGGAGGAAGAGCUCAUUGAAGAGCUGGAGCAGGAGAUCACUGAGCUAAAGAUGAGAAACACUGAGCUGGAGCAGCUCUCACACACUGAAGAUCACCUCCACCUCCUACAGAUUUACUCAUCCCUGUGCAGCUCUAGAAACACCAGGAACUGGUCUGAGAUCAGUGUGAAGACUGAUGAGAGUCUGGAGACUCUGAGGAGAGCUCUGACUCAACUGCAGGACACUCUACAGGAGAAACUCACACUAACUGGGUGGAAUUCUGCUGCAGGUGGAUCCAGAUCUGUUCCUGUUCUCUGCGUUGAACCCACAAGUCAAACUCCUCGUCGCUGGAACUGUCUGUUCUGUCAUGGCUUGAAGAGGGAAAAAACAAUGGCAGAAUCUUCACCAACAUCAACAAAAGCAAGACAAACCAGGAGAAAGAGUAUUGACUCUUGUCCUCCAUAUAUGUCAUCCUCCAGCGGUCCACUGACUGAGGAGCUUCAGUGCUCGAUAUGUCUGGACGUGUUCACUGAUCCAGUCACCACUCCAUGUGGACACAACUUCUGCAAGACCUGUCUGAAUAAGUGCUGGGACAACAGCCAGACCUGCAACUGUCCAUACUGUAAAGAAACAUUCAAGAUCAGACCUGAUCUCAAGAUUAAUACCACACUCCGAGAAGUUGUAGAUCACUAUAAAAAGAAAAGUCCUGAAAGAAAAACUGAAGUUCUGAAAAAAACUGAAGUUCUGAAAAAAACUGAAGUUCUGUGUGACUUCUGUGAGGAAAGAAAGCUGAAAGCCCUGAAGUCGUGUCUGGUGUGUCAGAGCUCUUACUGUGAAACUCACCUGGAGCCUCAUUUGAGAGUGGCAGGUUUAAAGAAACACAAACUGAUCAAUCCUGUGAGGAAUCUGGAGGACUAUAUAUGUCAGAAACAUGAGAGACCUCUGGAGCUGUUCUGUAGAGAUGAUCAGACAUGUGUGUGUCUGUUCUGUACUGAAGGACUUCACAAGAACCACAACACUGUUUCUUUAGAAGAGGAGAGUCAAGAGAAGAAGACUCAACUGAUGAAGACACAGAAAGACGUGCAGCAGAUGAUCCAGGACAGAAUCAAGAAGAUUCAAGAUGUCAAACACUCAGCAGAAGUCAGAAAAAGAAACACAGAGAAGGAGAAAGCAGCCCGUGUCGAGCUCUUCACUGAUCUCAUCCGCUCCAUUGAGAGAUGUCAGACUGAACUGCUGGAGAUGAUGGAGGAGCAGCAGAAAGCAGCAGAGAAACAGGAGGAAGAGCUCAUUGAAGAGCUGGAGCAGGAGAUCACUGAGCUAAAGAUGAGAAACACUGAGCUGGAGCAGCUCUCACACACUGAAGAUCACCUCCACCUCCUACAGAUUUACUCAUCCCUGUGCAGCUCUAGAAACACCAGGAACUGGUCUGAGAUCAGUGUGAAGACUGAUGAGAGUCUGGAGACUCUGAGGAGAGCUCUGACUCAACUGAAGGACACUCUACAGGAGAAACUCACACUAACUGAUCUGAAGAGGAUGCAGCAGUAUGAAGUGGAUGUGACACUGGAUCCUGAUACAGCUCAUCCAAACCUCAUCCUGUCUGAUGAUGGAAAACAAGUGAGAUGUGGAGACAUUAGACAGAAACUCCCAGACAAACCAGAGAGAUUUGAUAGAUAUGCAAUUGUCCUGGGAAAGGAGGGAUUCUCCUCAGGGAGAUUUUAUUUUGAGGUGCAGGUGAAGGGAAAGACUGAAUGGACUUUAGGAGUGGUCAGAGAAUCCAUUGACAGGAAGGGAGAGUUUACACUGACUCCCAGUAAUGGAUACUGGACUGUGGCUCUGAGGAAUGGGAAUGAAUAUAAAGCCGGUGCUGGUCCCUCUGUCUCUCUGUCUCUGAGAGUGAAGCCGCAGCGGGUCGGUGUGUUUGUGGAUUAUGAGGAGGGUCUGGUCUCCUUUUAUGAUGUGGAGUCCAGCUCUCAUAUCUACUCUUUCACUGGUCAGUCUUUCACUGACAAACUCUAUCCAUAUUUUAGCCCGUGCCUUAAUGAUGGAGGUAAAAACUCAACUCCACUGAUCAUCACACCUGUCAAAUAAAAUAAAUGAAUUUACACCCCAAUAUGAAAUAUGAGAUGAAAGUUAUGAUCUUAUUAAUUAAAUAUGAAAACAUUAUCUGCUAUUUUUUAAUUUUUUGUUUUAAUUUAUGUAAAAGAAUAAUGCUUGUUCAAUAAAUGAUUUUUUUCCCAUAAAUAUUUGUUUUAUAAUUUCAUGCCAUUUUUUCUCCCAUCUCUAUGUGACAAAGUGAAACUAAAAUCUUUACAUAAAAACAAACUAUAGUAACAGUGUUUCUCAGCACGUUUGAGCUUCCACAAGAACCAAUGAGGAAAUUGUUCUCGAGUCAAAGCAAGUACAGUUAAGCUUUUAUGUUCACUGAUCAAUGUUUAUAUGUGAAUAAGAGCUUAAAAUAAAUCUGUUCAUUAUAAAGCAA